AUGGGUUGCGCAGACUUGGAGUACACCUCACACAAACAGAACAACAGAACAUCCUGGUUUGAGUUGAAGAGCGUUGUCAAGGAUACUCGGAAAGUCAUCACAUCGAUUGCAAGUCGGGCACCAUCAUCAUUCACAUUCAAGACUCAAGAAACGCCGUCAGGGCCCAUAACAAGACUGUACUUCCUGGGUAUACCUGAGAGGCAGCGGGAGUCCACAGUGAUGUAUGAAAACGUUCCACUGGAGCCAUCAUCCAUCACGCCUCUACUGGAGUGGUGUCCCUUGCUGGAGACGUCAAACGCGAGCCUGGCUGGUAAUGCCAACAUGUCCAAAGAGGAACAGUUGAUGAGGGAGAGGAAGAGGCUGGGUGUAUAUGGGAUCACAUCGUUUGAAGUCACAGACGAGAGGCGGUUACUGUUCCCAGCAGGCAAUUCCCUCAACACAUGCACAGACAGUAACCUGGCUGUAGCUACACUUACGUCAAAGUCAUGUGCUGUGUGUGUCAGGUACACAGGAUAUUGGUGGGACCCUGUAUGUAGAGACGGACGAACAUACAGGAUACUCUAUGAGGAAGUGAAUGACUCUGAAGUGGAUAUUGUACAGAUUUAUCUGCCUCUGGAUGACAAGGGAGUGGACGAGUACCGGUAUCCACGUGCGGGUAAAACCAACGCUGACAGCUGUCUGAAGAUGGCACAGUUCACUGUUGGAAAUGAUGGCAGGUUUGAAGAUGAAGUCAUCAUGCUGAGGUUGUUUGAGCCUCUGUCAAGUCUUUCAGUGGACACGGAGUACCUUGCCAGGUCAGGAUGGACACCAGACUGUGUCCACUGUCAGAUGUUGAAUCGGGUCCAGACCAAUCUCACCCUGUACCAGAUCCCUCGAGAGUGUUUUGUCACAGACGCCCGGUACCAGCCUAGCUCACAGACACGGACAGACGCCCAGUAUGAACCUGUCCCUCUGCCACCUGUACAUGUCCUACUGGAGGAAACCUCCGACAUCUGGGUCAAUUUAGGUGAACUCAUUAUCACAGACAUACUGCAUUUCCUGCCGGCCAGGCCCGACUCUAGGGAUGUAGAGUUUCUGUGGAUGUCAGAGAGAUCAGGAUACCGGCAUCUCUAUCGGGUCAGUGCAUCACUGACUCAUCAUGGACAGACUCAGCAAACAGUGAUGUCCUGUGAGAUUGAGGUCACACAGAUCACCACUGGGGACUGGGAGGUGUCCUCUAAAGAGAUAUGGGUGGACGAAACACGAGGUCUGGUCUACUUUCUUGCACUAAAGGACACUCCACUUGAAACACAUCUGUAUGUAGUAUCCUACCAGACUCCAGGUCCUGUCUACAGACUCACAGAGCUGGGGUACACUCACAACGUCACACUGGAUAAGGCGUGCUCCAUGUUUGUGACGGUGUUCAGCGCUGUGAACUCAGCUCCACAGUCUGCUCUGUACAGAAUAGAGAUCUCAACCCAGUCUGUACAGACUCAACCCCUGGUCAUUAUCAUGUCAUCCACAGACUUUCCUGUCUAUAGCUACCCAGAGAUGUUCAACUACAAGAGCAAGUCAGGCCACACAAUGUAUGGGAUGUACUACCGGCCCGACAAUUACCAGCAAGGAGUCAAGUACCCCACAGUGAUGUUUUUGUAUGGGGGACCGCAUGUACAGCUGGUGACCAACUCCUUCAAAGGGCUCAAGCAUGUACGACUGCACACACUGGCUGCGGAAGGUUUUGCUGUUGUCAUUAUUGAUGGAAGAGGGUCGUGUAGUCGAGGGAUCACGUUUGAAAGCCAUAUUAAAAACAGGCUGGGCACUACAGAGAUAGAGGAUCAAGUGGAGGGUUUACAGUGGCUGGCAUCACGUGUAGAUUUUAUAGACGAAGAUAGGAUAGCAAUACACGGAUGGUCUUAUGGUGGCUACCUCUCCUUAAUGGGCCUGGCUCAGAGGCCUGAUAUAUUCAAGGUGUCUAUAGCGGGCGCCCCGGUUGUAGACUGGCACCUGUACGACACUGGGUACACGGAGCGGUACAUGGACCUGCCCACUAACAACCUGUACGGGUAUCACCUUGGCAACGUGCUCAUAUGUUUGGACAGCUCACCGGAAGAAGAGAAUCGUCUAUUGAUCAAUCAUGGUUUGAUGGGUGAGAAUGUCCACUUCUUACACACGAGCAAACUGGUGAACGCUCUCGUGAAGGCCUGCAAACCACACACUCUACAGUUGUAUCCCAAUGAGAGACAUGGCAUCAGAAGUCAUGAGGCGUCUGAACACUACCGCGUCCUGGUGCUUAACUUCCUAAAACACAACCUGUGAUAUGUUCACAUAAAUUAGAAGAGUAGUCUUGGAUAUACAGUACAAAACACUCAGGGUGGUGAUUGAAACCUUUGAUACAACAUGAAACAAGAAACAAUUCAAGUUGUAAUGGAAACACAGUUCAGAAAACUUCAUAAACAGGACAGAGUGUGCUAAACAGAGAAGUUAAUGAAACUCUUUCAGUUGUUUGGUUAAUGUAACAGUAGAUCUGAAAAGUUUUUACCGCAGAAACACUUUGUUUCAAAUGGGAUCUGUACUAUGCAGCCAUCGUGUGUCACUGAUACACCAACAUUAAAACCAGUACAAUUCACACUGUCUCACAUUCAGCUUUAGAAUGUUAACUGAUUUGUACUGUUCAUUAAUAAUUAGGCCGUGCUCUGUAAAGUGGGUUUAAUGCAUGUGCGUAAAUUAACGUCCCAGAUUAGCCUGUGCAGUCUGCACAGGCUAAUCAGGGACGACACUUCCCGACUAAACUUGAUUAUUGAUAAGGAGAAACUUUCUUUAAACGAAAAAUAUAAAAGCAGAAAGUUCCUUCCCUGAUUAGCCUGUGCAGACUAAAAGACUUGGACAUCACUUUACACACAUGCAUUUAACCCCUUUGUCACAGAGCACAGUCAUGUAUAUUGGGUAAACACAUGCUAAUUAAUUUAUUCAAUGCAACAAUGAUAUAUUGAAUGCAUGUACUUAUAAAUAAGACACAAUUUUGUUGGUUUUUAUGUUGAUUUGGUAAAAUCAAGAUAUUUAUCUAUGAUCAUACAUUGAUGUUGAUUAUACCAACUUAUUGUAUCUAUUGUUGGCCCCUUUUUUAGCAAUGAGAUUUUUAGUUGAAUAUGUUAUAAGUUGUAAAUAUGUCUGAGAGAUUGGUUUAGUUUUACUUGUUCAGUACCGUAGUGGCGUACAUAAAUAAAUAAAAACUAUCAACUUGA